AUCUUUAAAGACUUUUACCCCAUAUUUUAACUCAUAUUAGCGUACAGAGGGGUUGCGUUGUAAUAAUAGAAAGAAAUAUUCGAUCAAUACGAUAAUAACAUAAAAUAAAUAAAAAAAAGGGUUAAUUAAAUGGUGCUAGAAACUCGAUUAUACGAUAUACUACAUGUUCUGAGUAGUGCCAGUAAUGAAGAAAUAUCCAAGGGCUAUAAGAAACUUGCCUUGAAAUGCCAUCCGGAUAAAACCAAUCGAGACCCUGUACUCACUGAGAUGUUCAAGGAUGUCACGAGGGCUUACGAGGUUCUCAAAGACACAGAGCUGAGAAGAGUGUAUGAUCAUUAUGGAGAAGCCGGUUUAGAUGGAACAGCAGUUGAUGCCACCGCCUCAAAGCAGACUGAACAACCCGUACCAGCCGCACCAUCAUGUGGUCUUCGUAAGGCAACCCACAUUUUCUCACAAGUCUUCAAUGACAUCAACUCUGCCUUCGAAGGUGGAGCAUUCCCCAGUAUGGGAAUGGGAAUGGGCAUGGGGAUGAAUAUGAACAUGAAUAUGAAUAUGAUGAAUAUGAUGAAUAUGACGAGCAUGGGUAUGAAUAUGGAUGCGGGUGGUAUGGGGUCAUCAUCUAGACCACCACUUUCAAAAACUGUACAACCAGUACCAAACCCAGAUAGGGAAAAGGUAACCAGAGGUAAUGAUAUCCAUCAUGUUUGUAACGUGACCUUGUGGGAACUUUACAAGGGAAAAGUUGUAAAAUUUAGACUUCCCAAGAAUAGUACAUGUAAAGUUUGUGUGGGGAAUGGAGGAUUCAACCCAAAGCUGUGUAUUAGUUGUGAAGGGCAUGGACAGGUAUUGAUUACUUUGUUCAAUGACAACUCACAAUUCCAAGAAUUACUGCUGUGUCGCGAUUGUCGUGGUACUGGUAUAUAUUAUUCUCCACGUGAUACAUGUCCCAACUGUAUAGGUGAAGGAUAUGUGAAGGAAAAUAAAAUCAUUAAAGCAAAUAUUUUCCCCGGAUCCAAACAUGAAGACCGGAUUAUAUUACAAGGGGAAGGGGAUGAAGGACGGAACAUUGUCCCCGGAGAUGUCAUUAUUCAUUUACAGGAGAUUGCCCAAAACCGGGUUGUUAGAAGAUGUAAUGAUUUAUUUAUUGAGCAUGAUAUUGAUCUUAAGACAGCAUUACUUGGAGGUAAGACUGUUGUACACGAUUUUAUGAAACCAGGUCAAGAUUUACAAAUCUAUGUCAAUGUACAUGGAUAUGCAGCAAUCAACAACAAGACCGAUAAAAAUAUUCAGAGUGGAGAAGUAUGUGGGGUUAUAAGUAAUAGUACUCCUAAGAUUAUAAAGAAUCUUGGGAUGCCUAUUAAUGAGGCAUCUAUUGAAGGUUCAUUCUAUCAAAAUGCCGAUGAAGUGGAAGAUUUUUCUGAUGUUAUCUUUGAUUUAAAAAGAUAUAAACGAGGAAAUUUAUUUAUUAAAUUCAAUGUUAUGCUUCCAACAUUGGAUGAUUUUGCAAAUAAAGAACAAGAUUUUGCAAUCUUACAAAAAAUCCUUCUAGGGAAACAAAUUGAAGAUCUGAUUGAGGAUAAUAUAAUAUCUUCACAUUUGAGUAACAUUCCAGAUCCAAAAUCGAAUGAAAUGGAAUGUCCAAUAAAUGAAGGAAUGAAGAAAAAGAAAAUCAAACGUUCAGAAAGUUUCUUGGAGAAUGAAAAAAGGGCAAAGCAAAAGAAACAAGAGAAGCAUGAAUACGACUAUAAUGACAUCGAAGUUGACAGUACGAGUGGAGAAGAAAGAGAAGAUGAAGCAUUUUUCAAAGCCCAAUGGGAUGAUGAUAACAGAAAACGGAAAUUAAGGAUGGACGACCCUUUACCUGAUGUUGUUGAAUGCUAACAAUUUAAACGACAAAAAAAAAGUAAAUGACACCAUAUGAUAGGUAAUAAGGUAAAUUAGGGUGCGUGAUUGGGAUUUAGUGGUAUAUAUGUUUAUCGGUAAUUUAUGUACAGGAC